UCUUUACUCGGAUCCGAACAUCAGAUUGAGUUUGAUUAUUGAUUUUUUCUUUUUUCAUUUCAUUUUCUCUUCCAAUUAAAGUGCAAUCAAUUAGUGUCAAUCCAUUUAUCCAACAACGUGCAACAUAGUUGAAAGUUUCCUUUGUCCAAAUAACAUCAAAGUACAAAUUGGAAAAGAAUAAAUUUCUUUUCUUUAGAACCAAAACAUUGCCCUUAGUCCCACGUAUACAAGAACCAACGAAAUCUGUGAUUUUUACCCUUGGCAACACUUUGAUCAUGUCGAACAAUAAAGAAACUCGAGAAAUUUGGAGAUCGGCUGAAGCUGUUUGUUUCGACGUUGAUUCAACAGUUUGUCGAGAUGAAGCUAUUGACGAAUUGGCGAAAUUUGCUGGAGUCGAAAAAGAAGUCGCUGAAAUGACUCGAGUUGCCAUGCGAGGUGGUUGUUCAUUUCAAGAGGCUUUAGCUCAAAGAUUAGCUCUAAUUAAACCGACACAACAUAUGGUGGAAAAGUUCAUUACAACAAAACCGCUUCGUUUGACCCCAGGCAUCAGAGAGCUAAUUGCUUUGCUUCACAAUCGUGAGGUCGAUGUCUACCUGGUGUCAGGAGGUUUUGAUGUAAUCAUUGAACCAUUAGCCAAAGAGCUUGGAAUACCUGUUAAGAACAUUUUUGCCAAUCGAAUCAAAUUCUUCUAUGAUGGUAGUUAUGCAGGAUUCGAUGAAACUGUUCCGACAUCUCAAUCAGACGGUAAAGCUCGAGUUGUUGCUCUUCUUAAAAAACUUUUCGGCUACAAGAGAGUCGUAAUGGUUGGUGAUGGGGCCACUGAUUUGGAAGCUUAUCCCACCGCCGAUGCAUUCAUUGGAUUUGGUGGAAAUCAAGUUCGGGAAACAGUUCGUAAAGAAGCUCCUUGGUUCGUUAUGAGUUUCUACGAACUCAUGGCAGAAUUGAAUCGAAAUCCAAUGAUCGACUAAUUGAAUUUCAACACUGAAUCUUAAUCUCAAGUUUAAUCACAAUCAAGUCAUCGAAACUCAUCAAACUUGUCAACAUUUUAAUUCGACGAAAUCGAAAUGCCAAGACAUCUAAUCAAUUGAACAAUUUACAAAUGAAACAAAUUCAUUAAUAAUUACCCAAUGAAUUCUUCCAAUUAACAAUAUUUUCGUAAAGAUAACCAAUACGAAUUUAACAAUAAUCUUAAGCAAUUAAUAAAUUAAGUGCAUAAUAAUUACUAUUUUCAACAAUUAAAGCAAAUAAACAAGAGCCAUUUGGUUUGCAACUUAAUCUAACAAAAUAGUAACAAUUAACAAGAUCUUCUGGUUACUUGAUAAAAUUCAAUAUGAAAUGUAAUCAAUAUUUAAUUACUUUUUCGAAUCAAUGUAACAAUCAAUAAACCAAACAAUUCGCUUGUCCAGUUACAUGUAAAUAAUGAGUAUUGAAAAUUAAACUUGACAAAAAUUCGUCCAAAUCAACAAAA